AUUUGCUCGACGUGCUCUUGGCAUAGCUCUGUAUACUGCACGCAAAGAAUCAAAACGUGUAGGGAAGCGUACAACUGGUUAUGAUGCUAAAAGGUUCCUAAAUGAUAUAAAGAAAGAUCUUGGAUAUGACAAAUUCUCAAGCUUCCUCGCACUUAAAGGUGACGUUACCUUGAUGUUCGCACUGGAUGUCACAGGCAGUAUGCACAACGAAAUUAAAGCAUCCAAGGAAAUCAUUAAAGCAAUCAGUCAAAAUGAUCGCAAUGAACCCGUCGAUUAUAUAUUGACGACUUUUAGUGACCCCAUUG